AUGGAACCUCUAAAAACGUACAUUGGCCAAAUCGAAAUUGCCCUCCUUGAUAAAAAAAUUAAAGUUUAUGAACUUUCUCGUCACACUUUGGGNUUACUUUUUUCAAGGCUGGUGACAUCAAAAAAAGUUACAACUUAUUCAUCCAUGAAAGAAAACAUAGCUAUGUUUAAAAUUGAUAAAAAAAAGUAUGUUACAAUCGUUGAUAUACCAGGAAAUGACAGGCUGAGAGCAAAAUAUUUAGAAGAAUUUAUUUCAAGUGCUAGAGGGAUAUUAUUUGUUAUUGACAGCCUGAAUUUUCAAAAAGACAUUCGAGAUAUAGCAGGAUUCUUGUUUAUACUUUUGCAAGAUCCUUUAGUUCAUCGAUAUAAGAUUCCUUUCUUGAUAGCCUGUAAUAAGCAAGAUCAUGCUGUUUCAAAAAGUGCAAAAGUUAUUCAGUCUCAAUUAGAAAAGGAAAUGAAUACUUUGAGAGUUACCAUGACUGGCCGACUUGCUUCUAUUUCACCUGGAGAAGAAACUAUUUUUCUUGGAAACAAAGGAAAAGAUUUCCAAUUUGCUGAUAUUAGGAACAUUAACUUUGAAUUCAUAAAUUGUAGUGCACUUGAAUCAAGUGCUGAUGAGAUUGGAGAUUUAUUAAAACCUUGGCUUUCAAAGAUAGCUUAAUAUUUAAAUAAAUUUUUUAAUAUGUAAUUUCUAUUCAAAACUAAUUUUAUUAUGGAUUACUUAAGAUUCAACAAGAGAAAUACCUGGGGUAUUAUUUGUCACUUAAGCUAAGUUUUUGUGUAAACAAAUAUUUAGCUCACUUCUUUGCUCAUUCAAAACUUAAAAGGAUUUUUGCAUCCAAAUUACAAUUUAAAAAAAUUAUAACCUUUGUAUUUACAAUAUUCAAAGAAGUACCAUAAUGAAGCUCACAUAAAAUGCUUCUUUUUUUUUUUCCAAAAAUCAAUGUUUAGAAUUUCAGAAAUCACAUGCUUAUUUUUCAGCCAAUGUAGUAGCUUAAAAUUUAUUAUAACUGCAAAAAAUCUAAAAAUUCUAAACAUUUGCUAAAAAAUAUACAGUAAGAGGCCCAAAAAAUAGCCAUAUUGUUUUUAUAAACAUCUGUUUACUAACUUUAUCAAAAAUUUCAACCAAUCCCCUUUAAAAUACUUUCUGCAAGGCACUCGUGCAUUGCAGUGUGACGAUGACUGCAUCAUAGUGUCUCGAAAAAUGCAUUGCAUUACUAGAUGCCAUGUACUCAUCAAAUAUUUUUUCCUACUGUUUGAAGCAUUUCUGAAACUCUUCAAUUUUGUUAUAUUCCUUUGUGAAGCUGAUUUUACAGCCUCUACAUCAUCAAAAUGUUUCCCUUUUAGAUUUUUCACUAACAGAACUAGGGAAAAAUUGCACGAGGCUAGGUCUGGUGAAUAUGAAGGGUGGGGAACAACGAAUGGUAAUUUCUGAAUUUUUUUUUUUCGAUCCUGUGAGGAACGAAUUUGUCAAAAUCAUGUCUCAUUUGUCAAUCCUCAGUCACACUCUGCUAACAUGAACUCCAACUCAUGCUUGUCUCUUCUGAAAUUUGGUCGAUUAUUAAAUUCCUCGUUGAUUUUUUUCAACCCUUUUUAUUAUUUUGGGAUGUUAUAGGGAGACCAGAACAAGCUUAGUCUUCAACACUCAUCUCAUCUUCUUUAAAUGGAUUAAUUUCCUAGAAAACUUGUGUACAGCUUAUAGCGACCUCUUUAAAAGCCUGUUGAAGCAUUGGAUAGACUUCCAUUGACGAUUUUUCAAGGAGGAAACGAAAUUUAAAACACGUUCUUUUGUUCUUUUAAAUUUUACACAUUUUUGACUUUGCAGGUGGAACAAAAUAACAGUAAGCAAAAACAAUCAAAUGUUAAUCCACAAACUGAUAUUAUCUGUACAGAUCUCUUCCAGCCCCAUCUAACCCUAUCUCUCCCACUCCCUUUCUAAUACUAUGAAUUUCAACAAGCUCUCAGUUUGGAUUUUGGGCCUCUCCUCAUAUAUAGGUAUAUAUAUAUAUUUAAAAAGUAAAGAUUCUUAAGUUUGAAUUUCUUAGAUUAUGCCAAAUUUAACUUGUAUAUUUUACUUGUUUCUUAUAAAAAAACGUAUAUGUUCAAGUGUUGCAUGUAAGAUAAAAAGUAGAAAAAUAAUACUAAAUUUUUUUAGAUGCAUAAACUUAUUAAGUAAGUUUUAAUACCUAUGUUUUUUUCAUAUUCUUACUGCUAAUCUGAGCAAUGCAUAUUCAUAAGUAUUAAUAUUCAUAUUUUUAGCAACAUUUUGUAUUCAAUAACAUGUUUGCACUGUUUAGCAUUUUAUAACUUUACAGUCAAUUGUAAAUUGGUACAAAUUCUUUCAUGCAUAGACUUAUUUUUCCACAGUAUCAGUUUAGUACACAUAAAAUUAGCUGAAAUAAUAAUGCUUAAAAUUAGCUUGUUAGUAAAGGUAGUUUAAAAAUCAUCUCAAAAGUUCUAGUAUUUAUUUAGAAAACAAAUGUCUAAAUUCUAUAUUGAAAUUUUGAUCUGUAAUUCAAAUUUAGAAACUCCCUCAAAACCUUUACCUUUUUAAAGUAAAUAUAAGUUUAAUUAUCUAGAGACAUUUUAAUGAACAUUCCUCUUUAUUUUGGCAUCAGACUUAUAGCUCACAAUUAAAUCAGAUUUAUACCUUAAAUUUAAAGCAAAACAAUUUGAAUGAAGCACAGAAAAAGGUACAGAAAUGGACAUGCUAUUAUUUUGGUUCAAUAAGCAAGAACUUUCCUCUGUGUAUAAAUAAAGGAAGGUUCUUGUUUACAGAAAGGUAUAGAUAAGUAAAAUAGAAAAGUUUUGUUCAUAAAAAGUUCUCAUAUAUAAGGUUAUAUACAAGAAUAUAACCCUAUUUUCAGGAAUAUAAGGCUUGAUAUAGAAGUUAAGGUGUUUAAACACAGAGAAAGAUUCUGCAGAACUGCUAACAUGGAUAGGAUAAAAUUCAGUAGAUUUUACGAAAUAAAGUAAAUUUCAUGAUAAUUGUUGCAUUAUAUACAAAUAUUUUACAUAUAGGGAAUUUUAGGGAUUUUUAUUGUCAUCAAAAUACAACAUACCAUACAACUAAACAAAUGAUAACUAAAAAUGGUCUGCAAUAUUUUCCAUUUAUAAUUGACAUUAAGUGAACUUGAAUUUAAAAUGUUUUUUAUUAUGUUAACUCAUAAUUUUUAAUAGCAAUGCACAGGUGAUGUACUAUAGAUAGUAAAAAUUUUUUUAAUUAAUUAAAAAAAGGAAUAUUAAAUAAAAAAUAAACUGAAAAAUUUUAGAACAAAAAAACUUUAAACUUAACAUUAAAAACGAGGCUCGCUUCAUUAUGUAUUAGCAAUGCUUUUUUAAAUACUCAAGCAAGCAAUAAAUUUUAUUGCAACGGGGAUUUCUUUAGGAAACUUACUCAAUUAAGGGAAUUUUUUGAACUGUGCGAAAACUUAGAGAAUUUCUAUCAAAUCAGUAGACCAGAAGAAACUGGUAAAAUCCAGUAGAGUUGGCAGCUAUGGUUCUUGUUAUAAAAAUAUCAUAGUGUGUCUAUUUUCGUAAGUCUAUUUGUGCUUUAUUCCUGUUGCUUUAAUUUUAUACUUUGUAGAAUACUGGUAGCAAAAGCCUUCCAGCAUGCUGCAGAUUAUUUUUCAACUAGGUUUUUUUUUUUUUUUUUUUUAAGGCAAACAAAUAUGGGAAAAUUGCUGAAACUCCUUUUUUAAAAUAUAUUUAAACUUGUUUUUAAUAAAAAUUAAAAACCUGAAUUGAGAGAACACAACAAAGAACAAAAGACGAAUAUUUUUUUUGUUACUAAUUACACCUUGCCUGUGUUGAGAUUUAUCCGAUUUUUUAAAUAUUUAUUAAAAUUCAACUUAAAUUUGAACAACUUAAGUUUUUAUGCAUAAUUUUUAAGGACCUUAUAUUUGAAAUUCUUGCUACAUAUAUAUUAAAUUAAACUGAAUUUCUGCAAGAAUAAAAUCUGUCAGACUGCAUUGAGGUCGCAGAAAAAAUAUGGACUUAUGAAUACAUAGUGCUGAUGAUUCAUUCCGUAAAUUUUACCGAGUGUAUUACGGACCUCCUUUGGAGACUUUAUACCUUGUUAGUAUUGACUAAUUGAUUGUUCUUAAAAGUAAUACUUAACACAAAUCUCUUUCUUGAGCCUCUCGAUUAGAUAACAUUACUAAAGUUUUAACCAGCCUGUAAGUGAAAACACGGUAUAGUUUUGAUUUUGCUAUCUUCAAUUUGUAAUAUUAUUUUUCUUUGUUACAUAAAACCAUUCAAAGCUUUUAUACUACUACACUUUAAUGUCAAUAAACAUCAGAAAUUAAUGCAACUACUCAUCUAACUCAAUUAGUAACUAUCCUGAUUAUAAAGUUUCUCAAAUAAAAAAUUAUACACUUGUAUAUUUCAAUGAUCAAUGUCGAAUUAUAUUUAUUGUAAAUAAAAUGUGUAAUUCUAUGUUUUCAUUAUCUUGUUGAUCAUUAUUAUCUAGAAUGCAGUUUAUUUUAUAAAGCUGUUUUUAUUUUUCUGAAUAAAUUACUUCUUUUUUUU